AUGGCGGAUGACACUAACGAGGACAGCUGGCUGUAUGGCACUUCUAAUCCGGACUCGACGACCGGCGAGCUGGGCAAUGGCUCGGACUCGCUGUCGGCGGAUCACGAGGCCGUGGCAGAGGCUCAGGCAUUGGCCGCUGUGGUGGCCGGCGAAAAACCGGGUUCCUCGGCCGGAAUUGAAUCCGCCGGAGACUCGCCACGCUAUCCCAAGGAGGAGGCGCCCGAGUACUCGGAGUUCGAAGAUCCAGCGCAAGAAAUGGAAGAGGACGAAGAGGCUCUGCCCGACACCACGGAUAGCAGAAGCCGAAGGGACAGGGAUCGGGAUCGAGGACGUUUUGCGGAUCGGUCCGACGCACGUUCAUCCCCAGAUCCAGAGGAUGAUGAGAUGGCCGAUGGCCCUAGCUCCAGAAGGGAUAGGAACUGCUCAGGGUCUGACGAAGACGAUGACGACGACUCGGACGACGAUAUCAAUGUGGUUAUCGGGGACAUUAAGCAGGCCCCAAGCACCUACAACAUCAAGCAGCGACCCAACCUCUUGGCCGGAGGCACAGGAGCCGCCGGAGACAAGGCUAAGCCAGCUGGCCAGGCGGGAAAGUUUAGCAUAGAGGAUUUUGAGGGCGCCGGCACCAUCAACGGAGUGGCAGUGCACGAAUUCAGCAUCGAUUCGCUGGAGGAGAAGCCGUGGCGCAAGCCGGGAGCGGAUAUCACGGAUUACUUUAAUUAUGGAUUCAACGAGGAAACGUGGCGUGCCUAUUGCGAGCGGCAAAAACGCUUCCGGGUGGCGGAGAGUGGCGUGGGGCUGGCCAGUCUCACUCAGAACGUGAACCAGAAUGCUCCCAUUGGAAUCCUUACGGAUGGUGGAAUGGGAAUGGGCCCACCAGGAAUGCACAGCAUCCAGUCCAUGGUAGGAAUGGGCGGGGAGGGCGGCAUGCAGAUGCCGCCGCCGGGAAUGCCGCCGCCCAUGAUGCAGCAUCAGUCGCGGUCUGGAAUGGGACUAAUGCAACGUCCCCCAAGACCCAUCUCCACAACGGGCGGUGAAAGGGGUGGUGACCGGGAGAGGGGUGUUAAAGAAAACGCCAUACAGGUGAUGACCGCCGAGUGCCGAGAGUAUUCUCGAGGUGGCCUGGGACCCAUGGCGCCAAACUUCCCGUUACCGGGAGCCGCUGAGGAACCUUUCUUCCACGAGCCAGAACCCUUCGACUACGGAUAUGAGCCCACACAGGAGUCACAGUGGGGCAGCGACAACGCUGGAUGGGUUCCCAGCGGAAUUAAGGAACUAACUCCGGGCCAUGCCCAUAUGCAACAACCUCCCCCUGGGAUGCCGCCUCCUGGGAUGGGCGUGCCACCGCCACAGAUGGGCGGUCCUCCCCCCAGUUUACGCGGAAUGAUGCCGCCCAACAUGCGCAUGCCACCAAAUAUGAACAUGGGACCGCCUCCAGGUAUGAUGAUGGGAAGUAAUGGUCCACCACAGAUGCGAAUGGGCAUGGCGCCGCCACAGAGAAUGGCCAUAGGCGAUCGUGCAGCCUACGAGGAUGAUCGAGAACGCAGAAGGCGCGAGAAAGACAAACUGUUAAAAAAAGAUCAGCUGCGAAAGGACUUCUUGGACAUGCUGCGGGAAAGACAUGACAUCGAAAGGCACACCAGAUGGUACGACAUCAAGAAAAAGUUCGAGGCGGAUCCUAGGUACCGAGCUCUUGACUCGUCCUAUCGCGAAGAGUAUUUCGAAGACUAUCUGCAUCUGCUGAAGGAGGAGAAGCGCAAGGAACGCGACCUUAAGGAACGGGAGCGACAUCGCGAUAAGGAGCGAUCUCGUGACAAAGACAAGGAGAAGGAUAAAGACAAAGAAAAGGAAAAAGAUAAAGAUAAAGAAAAGGAUAAGGAUAAAGAUAAAGAUAAAGAAAAGGAUAAGGAUAAAGAGAGCUCGCGGCGAGAACGCUCCCGAUCUCGUGAAAAGUCCAGCCGUCGCAAGUCCAAGUCACGCGAGAAAGAUCGCAGCGAACGAAGCAGCAAGAGCAGUAGCAGCAACACAGCAGGAUCUUCUAGCCGCAGUGAGAAGAAAAAGUCUCAUCGCAAGGACAAAGAGGAGGAGGAAUAGCAUUUGUUUAGGUACUAUUUAGAAGACAAACGAGACGCAACUCCUUGAGCUGCCCACCACAGAAUCCAUCAUUUUCAAAAUACUUUCAAUAAAAGAGAAAUCUAAAAAA